ACUUAGGACGGUUUAUUAAGGGAAUGUUUACACGAUGGUGAGUACGUUUAAAGUCAGGCGAGCGCGAUGGAAACCUAAAGGGUCUUCAUUUGUGAAUAUAUAAACUACCAGGACAAGCGGGAUACUUCUAACCAAUCACUGCGCAGGAUGAGAGACACCGCCGACCAAUCAACGGGCGGUGGGCGGGGUUUUGGUAACGGCGAGGGAUGGUGGGAGAGGAGGGAAAAUAAUGGCGUUGAUUGGAGUCAGAGCUGUGAUCAGGUUACACAAGCGGACCGGGAGGAAAGCAGGACAUUAUGGACUGUGACACGCAUUAACACUGGGACACAAACACACGGAUCUGCUGCUCGUGCGCUUUAGGACAGAAGGGGAUCAGUGACGUGACGUGUUGUGGAGCUGCUGCGUGUCUAAAGAGGGCAGAAAGGAAGAAAAGAAAAGUGACUGAAGCUCAUUACUGUCAUGUCCUUAUUGUGGGACUGGCUUUAACACCAGACCUUUCCCUGUCCUGUGUGUGUGUAGUGUGUGUAGUGUGUGUAGUGUGUGUAGUGUGUGUAGUGUGUGUAGUGUGUGUGUAUAGUGUGUAGUGUGUGUGUGUGUGUGUGUGUGUAGUGUGUAGCGUGGUGUGUGGUGUGUGUGUAGUGAAAUGUGUGUGUAGUGUAGCGUGGUGUGUGUGUGUGUGUGUGUAGCGUAGUGUGUAGCGUGGUGUGUGUGUGUAGUGAAAUGUGUGUGUAGUGUAGCGUAGCGUAGCGUGGUGUGUGUGUGUGUGUGUGUGUAGUGUGUGUUUACGUGCCGCAGCUGCAUGUUUGGGUCAAAGCCAGGAACAGAACCAGAUCACAGAUUUAACCUGCAGAGAUUCUCCUCCUCUUCAUCAUCAUCAUCAUCAUCAGUUCUCUGAUUCCUACAGAGGAGCAUGUGUCCUCAUCGCGGUGUGUGUGAGAGCGUCUGCUCUUCUCUACAUCAGCAGGAUCUGUAGAAGAACAAGGGAGAAGAUCCAGGAGGAGCUCCAUGAUGUUCUCUGUGCGCAUCGUGUGUGCAGAUUAUUACCUGUCCAGGCCUCUGCAGCUGCUGGAUGUGUGUUUCUCUCAGUUCAGAGAUGCGGACGUGCACAGAGUGCCUGUAGUGAGGAUAUUCGGGGCCACACCGGCAGGUCAGAAGACAUGUCUACACGUGCACGGUGUGUUCCCAUACAUCUACGUGCCCUAUGAUGGAUUUGGACAGGAGACGGAGCGUUACCUACGACAGGUGGCCUUCAGCAUCGACCGAGCAGUCAACGUCAGCAUGGGGAACCCGUCCUCACACACCAUGCAUGUCUUCAAGGUCACACUCGUCUCUGGCAUACCAUUCUAUGGAUUCCACCCUGAAGAGAAGCCAUUUAUGAAGAUUUACCUCUACAAUCCUCAGAUGGUUAAAAGAGUGUGUGAGCUGCUGCAGGGUGGAGCUGUGAUGAAUAAGUGUUUCCAGCCUCAUGAAGCUCACAUCCCGUUCCUGCUGCAGUUCUUUAUCGACUUCAACCUGUACGGAAUGAACCUCAUCCACCUGUCAGCGGUGCGCUUCAGACGCCACACACCAGACCCUGGUGAACUGUGUAAGACUCCUGUAGAGGAUGAAGGUACAAUGAAAAGUCCCAGACUCAGUGACAGUGUGUUGGGAGGCACAUUUGCUCGGUGGGAUGAGAAUAAUUUACCCAGCUCGUUGGUGUUGGAGGAUGUGGCGCGGGUGAGUGUGUGUGAGCUGGAGGCCGACGCUGUAGCAGCAGACAUCCUGAAUCGCCUGGAGAUUGAGAAUCAGAUCGGAAGGAAUCCCGGCCUGCAGGCUAUCUGGGAGGAUGAGAAGCAAAGACGGAGAGAGAGGAACGAGAACUCACAGAUAGAAACUCCUCAGUCUCAGGAUCGUCCGUGCAUGGAGCCGGUGGAGAGUGAGCGCUUCUUCAUGAAGAGGAUAAAGGAGAAAUUAAGAGAAAACCAGUUUGAUUUGACACAAAGCGACAUUGUAGCUGAUGAAGAAGAUGGAGAGGAUGAUGAUGAUGAUGAUGAUGAUGAUGAUGAUUUCCCUGUCCUCUCCCUUCAUCCUGAUGAUUUAAGUCCUGGUGAUCCACCACCUGCAAGCCAGGUGGAGGUGCACAAAGAUAUGCCCAGAGGUGAGGCAGACAAUAAACGGUCUGAAGCCAAAGCUGCAGAAGUAGCUGUUGUGGAUGAAGAGGCCAUUUUGAGCUUGUUGGAGAACAGUCAGACCUUCUUGCCCAUGUCUCAGAAGUCCAACACGUCCCUUAUUCUCAAUAACAGCCAGGAUCAAGCAAUGGUGGACUUUCUAGAGGGACUUGCAGAUCAUCCAUUUCAAAAAGACGUCCCAAUAACUGCUCCUCGUCAGGAAAUAUCAGGAAGUCUCAGCUGCCCCUACAACAGCGACGAGGAAGAGGCAGUUCCUCAGCUUGAGAAAGAAGAAGCAGAUAUAAGCGUGAUGAUGUCACAAAGAUGGGAUCAUGACAUCCCAGACCCGACAGCUCAUCCGCUAGAGAAAGAAGCAAACGAAAGCUUGAGUGAAGAGGAGCAUGAGUUGUUGGACGAAGACAUGGACUGGAGUGGAAACAAUCUUUUUGCUAAUCUGUCUAUUCCCCAACUGGAUGGGGCUGCAGACGAGAACAGCGAUUCAUCGUUAUCUGACAAAGGGUCUCGAGCUCACUCAUCACUGACCGCUAACGAUAAGAUAUUGGGCAGGAAAAAUCACUUUCAGAGUGAAACUGUUCACCUGGAGCCCCCGACCUCACCUAAAAUCCUGCUGGAGUACAAACAUCUUGACCAUAGUCAGUCCCUAUCACUCGGUAAGGAGGAACCAGAUGACAGGAACCUUCCUGAUCAAAGUGAACCAUUAACAGGGUUCAAAGUGAAUAAAGACAUCACUUAUAUCCCACCAUUCAAACAUCCGGUUCCAUCUAAUAUGUCCCUGGUUGGUGCUGACAGAAUGGGCGGUUACUCACAUUACACAGAGGAGAUCAAAGCCGGAGGCGUUAACCAGACAGAUCCUGAGUGUUUAAGCUUUGGAACCGUAAAACACUCCCAGAGCUGCAAAAAGUAUAAUAGCAUCAAAAAUGCUGAGAAGAAUCACAUUUCCAUCUUGAAGAAUCACAGUAUUUCUUUGUGCUAUUCUGAGCUGAAGACCGAGCUGGAGAAAAGUGUAAAAGACUCCAGAACCUCCUCUGUGCUAAGUAAUCUUGAAGCUCCGAGCCUAGUGAAAGAUCUCGAGUGUCUGGUACCUCAAGAGGGUAAAAUGGAGCAGAACAGUGAGGAAGGUGAUGUUGGGGAGCUCAAGAUAAGAUAUGAAGACUACCAAGAAAACAAAACGGAAAGAAAAAUCGUGGCCCAGCAGGAGGCACACUACAAAUUCUUCCCAAGUGUCAUUCUCUCAAACUGUCUCUCAAGGCCUUUGAAGAAGCAGGUCAGAAGUAAGAUGAUUGACGGUGCUUGUAGUUUGGAUCAUUUGGAACAAAAAAGGUCAAGAAUGAAGUUAAGCAAGAAGAGGAACAGUACAGCGAGUCAAAAGAGUCCGACCGAAUGUUCACAAACGUCCCAAAAUGAGGUGGCUACAGGUUUUACCUUCAUCACACCAGUCCAGCUGAGCGAGGAACCAGAGGAGAAUACUGUGAUGGAAACCUCUGAACUCACAAAAUCUGAUGCUGUUACAGCUGUUAAAGUUACAGCUGAAGGUUCUGUCAAGAAAAGUCUGACCGAUCUUCCUGACAAAAUAACUUGCACUGAAGUGUCUAGUUUACCUGGCAGCAAGUAUACCCUACGUACCAAGCGUAAAAUGGUCAGUUAUGACAGUGAAGAUGAUCGCUUGAGUCCUUCUUCUUUUAAACAAGCCUUGGCACAUCAAGACAGCCUUAAAGAAAACGGUUUCCUUACCGGUAGUCGGAAAAAGAGGAAGUUGUCUAAAAAAGAGCCACCUGUCAUCAUUAAAUACAUUAUAAUCAACAGGUUUAAGGGCCAGAAAAACAUGUUGGUAAAGAUGGCCAGGGUCAAAGGAGAUGAGCCACAAGUGGUACUAACACCUCAGAAGCUUGAGCAUUAUGGGAAACUUGCCCCUAUGAAAGACUUCUGGCCAAAGGUUCCUGAGUCGACAGCGGUCAGAUAUCCUGUUCCUGAACCGAAGGUAAAGAAACACCCCAAACGUAAGGCCAAGGUCACACCUCAAUCAGGGAAAAUCUGCCACUUUCAAAAAACAAGUGUUGUAAAAAGCCACAGGAUGAAGAACGUUAAAACGUUAUCUUUAACAAAACUGCCUGCUCCUAGGCCUUGUUAUAACGAUCUGACCCAAGACUUCUGCAGAGAGUAUUCUGAUGUGCUGAUGGAUUUGGGUUAUCUCUCAGAGAGAGCAUCCAGUCCUACUGAUUCAACUCCACCUCGAUGCUGGUCUCCAACUGACCCUCUUUUAGACUCCGAGUCUAAUGCUGGUUUAAUAAACCCUCAUAGUGACCCUUGUCUCAGCUCGCCGUAUAAAGGGUUAUCCAGGAACCGUUGUGGUAGUAGGGGCAGGACCGCUAAACCAAGAAAGCUUUCUGGUGCCAGCUCAAAACAAAAAGCUAAGACUGCUGCUAAGCCGUCUGACAGUGAAGCGUCGAUGACCGGGGAAACAUCAAAAAAGAGCCGUCGAACUUCAAGGAAGCCAAAAAACGAAACCGGCGAUAAUAAAUCUGCUCCUCAGAAAACCAGGAGGUCUUUUAAGAAGAACCAGGCAGACAGAUCGGAAAGGUCGUCUGUGGUUGCAGGACCUCUAAAUAGUUCACAGUCUCUGUAUCCAGCUGAUGAUUGGUCUCCCUCCCAGCAUCCAGGUCUUCAUUUCAGUAGUGAUUCUCGUGCACUACCAUUUAACACUGAACCAAAAUCUGAGUCGAUCCAAACGAACACUGGUGAUGAACUGGUCAGCAGUGUCUCUGCUUCAAUACCACUAUGUUCUCCUCAGUCUCCUCAGAGGGUUACUGAGAAGACAAGAGCAUCAUCAUGUUCAGUCAUAAAACAUCGUAAUGCCAAAUGUUCACUCCCUGCCAGUGAAGAUAAAACCAGUCAAGCUUAUGGUGGAAAACAAACUUCUAAAGAUGUUCAUUAUUCACAGCCAAACCCAAAGAUGCCCGCCAAACCCAGGAGACGUCAAUCCAAAAAGAAUGUAGAGAACACUUCUGUUCAAGCCCACGACUUUACGACACCCUCGAAUGUUCUAACGCCUGGACCACAAAAAGAUCUUACAGAGUUAAAGUUAAUGCCAAAGAACGGAGAGACACCAGCUCAUCCAGAGAUGCCUUCUGGCAUUGCAGUUUUGAAGGCACUGCUCCAGAAAAGGCAGGGGCAGUGCCCUCAGGUAGAUAACGUACUAAACAGUGUUUCUAACACUAAAAAAACUUCUGAAGUUGCAAGACCUAGAAAGGCAUCUUCAGCAACAUCAAGAAAGCCCAGAACCCAGAGACAUUUGGUGCCAAAGGAGUCUAAGCCAAGAGGGAAAAAAGAAAAGAGCGACUCCGUUCGAAUAGAACCUCCGAUUUCAGAUGGGAGCCCUGUGUUCUUGUCUGAUCCUGGUUUUGACAGCUCUUACUCCAUUGAGGAUAGCUUAUCUCCUGAGGUUCCUCACAAUUACAGUUUUGACAUUAAUGCUGUUGGCCAGGCCGACUUUUCUAGCCUGUAUUCUGGAAACCAGUUUGUUUUAACAGACAAGAAUUUGCCUCAGAAAUUCCUCAGUGAUAAUAAACACGAACCGGUGUCUUCUACGGGUUUGGAAAACGGGCCAGAAAAGGUCCUAGACAUCGAGGAGAACUGCUUGCAUGAAUCGGUGAGGUCAGGUAGCCCUGAGCUCUUUGAUAGAUCCUCUACGAUGGAGCAAGAAGAGCUAUCGAACGAGUUCUGUCUGUCUCUGCUGGACUCAGAGAAGGUUUUGAGAAACAGAAACUGGGGCAUUUCGUUGGCCAAAAUCCACGGCAGCCAUUUUCAAGACUUUCACUGUGAGAAAAGUGACCUGUUGUUACAUCCUGACCACUUCUUACCCCUUACAUCUGUCUCUUUUGCUGAUAACGGCGUGUCACCAACAGGGGAUCUGCUGGACGGUAGUGAGCUUUUUACAUCAACAACUCCCAGUAGUUCACCACGGUCUAUCAGCUCUGUGUCACAGAUAAGGAGUAGCAGUCAAAAGAGUGUAGGAGUUCAUAUCCUCAAGCCCCUAAUGUCCCCUCCUAGUCGUGAAGAGAUUCUCGCUACCCUGCUGGAGCUGGAUCUUUCAGAGGCUACGUAUCAAGAACCUUUUUGCAGUGACCCCUCGGACGUGCCUUUGAGACCAAGAGAGAUUGCUGGACACAAGCUAAUUCUGGAAACAAGGUUAGCAAAAGAUUUGACUGAAUUUGUUGGUGGUUUAUCACAAGAAGGUCUGCAAUUCUGGAAAACUGCAUUCUUUGCCAUGACACGUCCAGGGUCUUCACCUUCUUGUGGCACUGACUGCUCGAGCACGGCCAAAGACGAGAAGGAACGGAGCAGUCUCACGUCUCCUGCUAACGGUCAGGUGGUCGUUUUACUGCCUUGCAAAAGCGCUCCGAGCCGUGAACGUGUACAACUGUGGUUACAAGCUAAGAGACGAUUUGAGUGCCUUCAGAGAGAUCUGAAAAGGAGACUCGACGUGUCGAACGUGACGCCAAUCCAAGACAAGAAUAAAUCACCACACCACAAUGAGUUAGAAAGCAUUUUGUCUCUCUCUCACAAGCAGGAUGAGGCUGUAGCACCGCAGACUGUCAGGAAGAAGGGAUUAACUUUACCUCUAAGUUUAUCUCCAGUACAGACAAGUGCCUCUAGUCAGGUUAAGUGUGCCAUGGAGGCUGAAACCAGAUGCCAAGAGGAGAGAGAAGUAAAUUCCUUUAAACAGACCCCAUCCCCAGACCCUUCCUUUCUGCCGCCAUGGCAACCAACAGCCGACAAACCGAACCUGAACAAUAAGAAGCAGGAAUUAGGAGAUGGAUUAACAUCCCCUAAGAUAGGCAUCGAUCCUUUCUCACCAGAAAGCAUUAAACCAAAGCAGUUCCUCAGUCCAUCCCCAUGUCCUAUAAAGGAGCAGGAUGGGGAGAUUUCUGGUACCUCCCUCCUCCACAGCACCCCCAUUGUCUGCAGGAGGAGAAGCAGUGGAGCCUGUGAGCUUGCAGACUGCAGUCCUGUAUCAGAAAUGGAGCCAAAAUGUCGGAGAAUCCAGCAAAGACGAAACAGCAACAAAAGUGCAUUGCGUAGAGUUCUGCUCACUACACAAAUGAAGAAUCAUUUUGCUGGUCUGAAUGUACCCAAAGGGGAUAACUCUCAGAUCGAGGGUCCGUCGCUAUGCAACUCGUACGGGUUUAAAGUUGGUAUGCAGAACCUGCAGGAAGCUAAAGCGCUGCACGAGGUGCAGCACAUAACAGUGAUGGGUUUGGAACUGCACACUCGGACACGCCGCGACCUGAAACCUGACCCCGAGUUCGACCCCAUCUGUGCCUUAUUUUACUGCCUCAGCUCUGACUCUCCGCUUCCUGACUCAGAGAAUAAACAGAUAAGCGGCGCUGUGGUCAUUGAUAAAGACUGUCGCUGCUCAGGACGAGGCUCACGGAGCACAGCGCCCCUGCUGGUUAGAUCUGGUAUUGCAGAGCUGCAGGUCAUUUAUACUGUCGAUGAAAAGGAGCUGUUUGAAGAAGUCUGCAAAAUAAUGAGAAAGUAUGAUCCAGAUAUUCUGGUUGGUUAUGAGGUUCAGAUGCAGUCUUGGGGUUACCUGUUACAGCGAGCAUCAGCACUCAGUGUGGAUCUGUGCCAACAAAUUUCCCGAGUGCCAGGUGAUACAAAGGAGAACCGCUUCAAUGAAGAUAAAGAUGAGUACGGCAGUGAGGUGAUGACGGAGAUCCACAUCGUCGGGCGAAUCACCAUCAACCUGUGGAGGAUCAUGAAGACUGAGGCAGCUUUGACUAACUACAACUUUGAGAACGUAGCGUUUCACCUGCUGCAUCAGCGUUUCCCUCUUUACACACACCGAACUCUCUCUGACUGGUUCGACCACAACACACACCUCUACAGAUGGAAGGUGGUGGACCACUACAUGAGCCGUGUAUGUGGUGUGAUGCAGCUCCUGAAGCAGAGAGAUGUUGUGGGUCGCACUAGUGAGUUUGCUCGAGUGUUUGGCAUACAGUUCUACCACGUCCUCACACGAGGCUCCCAGUACCGUGUUGAGUCGAUGAUGUUGCGCAUUGCUAAGCCACUGAACUUCAUUGCUGUGAGCCCGAGUGUGUCCCAGCGAGCCCAGCAGAGGGCGCCACAGUGUGUUCCCCUCAUCAUGGAGCCGGAGUCUCGUUUCUAUAGUAACUCUGUGCUGGUGCUGGACUUCCAGUCUCUCUACCCGUCUGUUGUCAUCGCCUACAACUACUGCUACUCCACCUGCCUUGGCUACGCCCACAGCCUCGGAACGUCUGAUGAGUUUAGGUUUGGUUGUACAUCUUUGCGUGUUCCUCCAGAUCUUCUUUAUCAGCUCCGUAAUGACAUCACCAUCUCUCCAAAUGGAGUCGCCUUUGUCAAGGCAUCAGUGCGUAAAGGACUGCUCCCCCGGAUGUUGGAGGAGAUCCUACACACACGUUUAAUGGUGAAGUCAGUGAUGAAGUUGUAUGGUGGUGAUGAAGCAUUGCUCCGCCUCCUCGAUGCUCGUCAGCUCGGCCUCAAGCUCAUUGCUAAUGUCACCUUUGGCUACACGGCAGCAGCGUUUUCUGGGCGCAUGCCGAGUGUGGAGCUCGGAGACAGCAUCAUACACAAAGCCAGAGAGACGCUGGAGAGAGCCAUCAAACUCGUCAAUGACACCAAGAAGUGGGGGGCAAAGGUGGUGUACGGGGACACAGACAGUAUGUUUGUGUUGUUAAAGGGGGUGACUAAAGAGCAGGCGUUUAAGAUCGGCAGUGAGAUCGCUGAAGCAGUGACUGUCACAAACCCCAAACCCAUAAAACUCAAAUUUGAGAAGGUGUACCUGCCGUGUGUAUUACAGACUAAGAAGCGCUACGUGGGCUACAUGUACGAGUCUGUGGAUCAGAAGGAUCCUGUAUUUGAUGCUAAAGGCAUUGAGACCGUACGCCGUGACGGCUGUCCUGCUGUUGCCAAGAUCCUGGAGCGAUCGGUGAAGCUGCUGUUUGAGACGAGGGACAUCUCUCUGGUGAAGCAGUAUGUACAGAGGCAGUGUGUGAAGGUUCUAGAAGGCAGAGCGAGUUUGCAGGAUUUAACUUUUGCUAAAGAGUAUCGUGGCAGCGCCUCCUACAGGCCCGGAGCAUGUGUACCUGCACUUGAGCUCACCAGGAGGAUGAUGGCACACGACCGUCGUUGGGAGCCGCGGGUUGGCGAGCGUGUGCCAUAUGUCAUUGUGUACGGUUCUCCUGGGGUUCCUCUGAUCCAGUUGGUGCGACACCCAAUGGAUGUUCUGCAGGAUCCUGCACUGCGCCUCAACGCUGUGUACUACAUCACUAAACAGAUCCUCCCUCCUGUUGCUCGCAUCUUCAGCCUGAUUGGGGUUGAUGUGUUCAGCUGGUACCACACCCUGCCACGGGUACAGAAGUGGUCAUGUCCAGGUGGUGGCACUGUAGGGGACGAGUCUCUGAGGAAGGGGACGAUCUCCCAGUACUUCACCACGCUACACUGCCCGGUGUGUGACGAUCUCACUCAGCUGGGAGUGUGUGAGCGCUGCAGGGCCGAACCUCAGCGUGUCGCCGUCACACUGCAUAACAACCUCCGAAUGUGGGAGCAAAAACACAACCAGCUCCUAAAGGUGUGUAUGAGUUGCAGUGCAGACAGACAGGCUGGCUGUGUCUCUCUCGACUGUCCUGUGUUGUAUAAACUGUCCCAGGUGAACAGACAGCUCCACAACGCCCCCUACCUGCGACAGCUACUGCAACAGAUCUAACAUCACAAUCUGUCUCUCUCCGUAUCUGUCUGUCUCUUUCAGUUAACGUGGUGCUACAACAUUAGUGUUUUUGUGGUUCAGUAUAAAGUGUGUGUGUGUGUGUGUGUGUGUGUGUGUGUGUGUGUGUGGUUCUUUAUAAAUCAGAUUGAGCUGCUGCUGCUGUAUUUGUUGCGAUUCUGACACUUUGCAUGCGAGUGUGAGUUUGUAUGCUGUCCAAUCAGAGACGUCUCAGUAACUCCAGGCUCCGCCCCCUCGUGUGUACACAGGAAUCUAAUCCUUUUUCUUUACUGAUCCUCCAACAGUAUAAAGUUAGUGAGCGACUGGGAAACAUUUACAGUGUUAGUGUGCGUGCGAGUGGAGGCCAAAGUGUGUGACGUCUUCAUGUUAAUGUGUAAAUAAAAGCUGUACAGUGAGCAGACUGAUGAUCAACACUGACACUGACUGGUGUAGGGGGACGUCCCCCGACGCUGUGGUGUAGGGGGACGUCCCCCGACGCUGUGGUGUUGGGGGACGUCCCCCUUUUUAAACUCCACUCAUCACAUCACCUUUAGGGUCCCAUGUUUUGGACAAAUUUGAUACAGUAUUAUAAUCCAUUAUUUCUUAAACCGUCUGAUUGUAAAUACGUGUUUUAAGACAAAAGACUUGCAACUCUAAUUUUUCACAACUUCCUGUUUCAGGGGUUUUGUUGUCACUGUGGAUUUAUGGAGAAAACACUAAUAACUUUUUUUUUAAAGAGAGAGAGAGACAUUUCUAUGCUUUGUUUUAAACUGAAUAAAAACCUGAAGGUGUUAGCAGUGACCUGUAUAAGGACAAAAGAAAAGUGUGUGUGUGUGUGUGUAAACCUGUACAAAGUGUGUGUGGGUUUGGGGGUUUUUCAUGUUGUGCUGUGACGUAAAAAAAAAACUGAUUUAAAUAAAUGUGACGUAUUCAACUGGA